AUGGCAGACGUGGGAAGCACUGGCAUCACAUUCGUUCCGGAUAGUCAGAACUCCCAAUUCCCAUCCACUCCAACUCAACGUGGGCCUUACGUUCCGACUUCUGGCAUGGGUAUUGGAGAGGACGGAGAGCCCAGUUUGCCGUCAACGCCUUCACAGUUAGGUCUAGAGCCCCCUCGGGAGAGACCAAAAGGUCUGCUUUUCAGUAGCCCGAGCAGGAGAUCAAAGAGAAAAGGACGAUCCAGCGCAAAGUCUUCACCAUUGAGAACCCCCAAUGUUCCUCCAGAGCAACCAACUCAGACACAGAAGUCCUCAACUGCCAACCUAGGACCUCGACGCUAUAUAGCGAACACUCCUAAGCCACCUCUUCCGCUGGAAGAAGCCCGUUUGGUAGAAAUGCAGAGUAAGCUGAGUGAAGUGGAAAAGCAGCUCCAGAACAUCGAGGAUAAGGUACUGCGGCAAUUACUGGUAUCCUCGUGGCAGCCGGGAAAAAGCAAGGAAGGGAAAUACAUGGCGAAGCAAAAGGAGGAAGUCACACGGCGAAGCACAAAGAUUUUCCAGUUGCGGGACGAGAUUCUACAGAUUCAAGCUACGCAGGGUAUUGACCAUAGUCAGACGAGACCGGAAGGGAUCGAUCGGAAAGCAGCCUCUACGAAGCCAUCCUCCCUCACACAGCGUCUUGCAAGGUAUCUCCCAUUCUCAACAAAAUCUCGUCCACCAGAGCCGAGGCCUCCUUCCCCCAAAGGUACGGACGUGGACCAGGUUCUGGAUUUGGACAUACUGCAACCCACGGUUGUACCCUUUACGAUCACCACCUCCAACAAGUUACUGCUCCCUCCCACAGUGGAUAAUGAUCUCCUGCAGCGACAAGACAUAACCAUGUCAAUGGCGCAGCAGUUACUGAUAUGCGAUCUACAACUCACUGCGAAUAUUACCACCCAGCAAAUCUCACACUUAGAUAUUCAAGCGCUAAGCUCAUGGGCUGAGCCAGAACUAGGCUCGUGGCUGCGACAACCUUGUGAGAAAAUGGAGCUGGCGGCUUUGGGAAGGGCAUUUGGACGUUAUUGGGAGGUUGCAAAACUUCGAGGUAAAUGCUGGAUCAGCUGCAAGCAGGACUUUAGAGACCUUGUUACAAAUGCUCCCGAGUCUAAUAGUCCGCUCUUUUUUCUCGGCGUGCAGGACCUUAUCUUCGCUCGGAGCAACGUCCAGCUCAAAGUGACCUGGCGCAUUUCGCUUAGUGACCAAGGCGAAGUGGAGAGCCACAGCUCUGCGUAUCCCAGAUUUCCGGCUGCUUGGCAGCAAGAGGCAAACAGUGAGCUUACAAGAAUAGGCGACGCUUUUAUAAUGUUGGUGGAGGACAGAGGGAUCCCUGAAGCGAUUGGAAUGAUUUGUAAGGUAGUCUUCCCUACAUGA